UCACCAUCCCCAUCUAUCCUUCCUCCUUGCUCUACCAUCACAUCUCAUAUCAUCUCGUUAGAUACCGACCCUCCUCCCCUUGUUCGCAACGUCAGCAUUCGUUGCGCCAACCUCAUAGAUCCUCUUCUCACGACUUGGAUCUCGUGAUCCAUAGGUUGCUCUAUCUUGUUGGUUCUAGCUCACUUGACAAAACAGAUCGGAUUCUCUUUCUUGUAGUUGCCUCCGAUUUUAUCAGCUCUUUCAGAACACCAUGUGUCCGAUGAUGCUCAACAGCCUCUCCGACGGCCCUGCCAUGGUCCUGUCCCCUCCCCAGGAACACGCCUUCCUUCAGUUCCCUCGCCACUCUAAGCUUGAUACCGUCUCCCAAAACUCAAACUCUUUUUUCUCGAGUGGUCCAAGCACCUCGUUUGGUGCAAAGCUAGCUGUGUCUGGGCCUGUCAACGGAAAGCCGUCGCGCAAAAGAUCGCGUGAUGAAGCGGCUUUCGAAGAAGCUAUGAAUGCCCCCAAUGUACCCUCCAUCCCCACGCCGGCUCCUGCAAAGAAAGAGGAGCCUAUCUAUGGAGAAGGUAUGAUUCUUCUGAAUCCCCGUACCGGGUUGGCUCUCUCCGCCGAGACUCAGACAGGCACUUGGUACGAAGAAACGCUGGAGAGCACUACUGCUGCUGCACCGUCUGUCUCGUCGCAAUCUCAGGCGUUUCAAUCCGGCCAGUCAAAUAUCUCAGGCCGGAAGUCCCAGCGUCUUGAUCCCUCUGCUCCCAGACUCGAUGAUAUCGCACUCUCCUCAGUGCAGCGAUUACAGGACAGCGGCAAAGAUGACAACCGCCGCCUCCUCGACGCGACAAAUCGCUCGCCUGAUGAGCCGCUAGUUGACGACGCGACUCGUCUUCUCGGUAUCAGCUGGCAACGUAUCACGUUCGACGGCGAUGGCGACAUGGCAGCCGCAGUGCGCGGCUGGAAGAAAUACAUCGACAAACAAUAUUCCGUAUAUCUCCUAGACUCUCAAAUACUUAUGAAGAAUCGAGCUUUGAACGCUUACCUUGUGACUGCACGACCUGUCACGCCCUUUGGACCAGCAAACUCCAACGCCUUUUAUUUGUUUAACGACGAUCUCACCCAGGCUCAGCUGGUUGCAUCCGCUUGGGAAACCUGCAUUCAAAACCUCCGAUCGAACCCCAUUGUCUUCGAGGGGACUCAGAUUCUGAAUGCCUCGCACCGAUCAGUCAAUAAUGCACCCCUUCAAACGCAAAAUAUCCUCGGGGCGAACCCUGCGGACGCCGGCCUUCCUCUCUUACAAACCCUCUCGGCGCAGCCCGUCAGUGAUGGCGCGGGCGUUGGGCUGAACGGCAGCGUAGGAAUGGGGACGGGCAUGGACAUCGACGCGUAAAAUCUCGACACGGGCUUCGACAGCGCGCGCGCGCAAAAAAAAAAGUUUCGACGAGUUUUGCUCACACAUUUCGCUUCGUAUCUAACAAUGUUUUCGGCACAGAUCUUUUCUCAUUGUCUUUUGGGUUCUUCGGCAAAAC